GUUAUUCAGGUCACUUUGGACGAGGCUUUGUAAGGAAAUGCAAAUGUUCUGAAAGAAAACUGAGGAGAAGUUGGCAGAAAGAGGAACACAUCUUCUCUCACUGGUCCGAUCAACAACAGUCUACUUUGCUCUCUGUUCACCAUGAAGCUGUAUGGAGCUUUGAUCCUGUUUGUGACUCUAUCUACAGCAUGUGGAUUGAGAUGCUACACAUGCACUGCCGCGGACCCAAGAUCAUGCACAGACACCAAAUCUUGUGCAGUCAUCUUUGAUCGAUGUUUCUCUCUCCCAAUCGGCACUGAUGUGAUCAACAAGGGCUGCCAAAACAAUCUGCUAUGUGUAGGUGCCAUGUCAUGCUGUGAAGGAGACCUGUGUAACAGUGCAGUGCCAACUGGUUCCAGUGUCCUCCUGCUGCUGGUAUCUUCAGCCCUCAUCACUCUCUUUCUCUAAGGCUCUGGGAUCCUCUUAUUUUAAUGCUGCACUUCUUGUGUCUGAACCAAUUUGUACCACUGCAGAUGAAUAAAAACAAUUAAGUUUCACUGGAAACUAUAUCUCAAAGUCAAUUAUAUAAUCUUACGCACAUGUUAAUUCUUUGCUUUCACUCAUGGAUUGAAUAAAAAGAGUCGACUAUACAAUGAAAAUCAA